ACAGAUGCCAUACCGGCGAACGUUAAAGAGGUGUGGACGCCGAUCGGUGUGUUUACAGUGUGGUAGCAACCACUAGUGAGUGAUCGCUGUUGGUUGAUCUAGCUUGUGUCCAGUAUUGUUGCGUUUUUCGGUGUUGUGCAUUUUUAAGAAUCAUGGCUACUCGUAUGUCGCGUAAAGUGACGCAGGUCACUACCACAUCCACGAGUAGCGGCAGGUCAACACCUACAGGAGGACCGAGCACGAGCACCCCAGGCAGCUCUUCACGAGUCCGCUCUUCUCCGCUUAGCCCCACCAGGCUGUCCAGGCUCCAAGAAAAGGCCGAACUUCAAUCACUCAAUGAUCGUCUGGCGGCCUACAUCGACAGGGUGCGACAGCUGGAGUUCGAGAACAACCGCCUCAGCACACAAGUCGAGACCAUCCAGGAGUCGGUGACGAAGGAGGUGGUGUCCAUGAAAGGACUCUACGAGCAGGAGCUGAGCGACGCCAGGAAGCUCUUGGACGACACCGCCAAGGAAAAGGCCCAGCUGCAGAUCGACGUCGGCAAGUUGAAAACUGACAACGAGGACCUCAGGUUGAAGUUAUUGAAGAAAGAACGUGAACUAUCAGCUGUGGAGAAAGCAUUAACUUCAGCGGAAGGACAAGUUAGUGACCUUACAGCCAAAUUAAAUGCAUCCGAAGCGGAAAAGAAGAAACUUAUUGCAGAGCUCAGGGAUCUUCGUGAUGAAGUGGCUCGAUUGGGUCGUCAGCUUAGUGAAGCUAAAGCACAGCUGGAGAGUGAGACGCUGAUGAGGGUAGAUUUAGAAAAUCGUUGUCAGUCACUCAGGGAAGAACUGCAAUUUAAGCAACAGGUGUAUGAACAAGAAAUUACGGAGUCCAAGAAGAGGCGACAAGUCGAAGUUUCUGAGAUUGAUGGCCGCUUGCAAGUUGAGUAUGAAGCCAAACUUCAUGAGGCACUCAAGGAGCUUCGGGAGCAAUACGAGGAGCAGCUGAGGAACAACCGCACAGAGGUUGAAUAUUUAUAUGAAACAAAGAUCGAUGAACUUAAUAGACGUGAAGCUCAGUCAGCGGGUGACAGUGACGCCCGCAGUGCUUCUUUGAGAGAGGCUAGGAGCAAGGUCCAGGAACUGACUUCCCGCCUCACCUAUCUUGAAAGUAACAAUAAUACAUUAGAGAAAAGGGUUGAAGAUCUGGAAAACCAGUUGGAGAAUGAGAGAGAUAGUCAUGAAACUGAGAUCUUUGGGUUGAAGGAAGAAAUCACAAGAUUGAGGAAUGAGAUGAACUUGCAACUCCAGGAAUAUCAGGACCUGAUGGAUAUUAAAGUUGCUCUUGACAUGGAGAUUGCAGCUUAUAGGAAGCUGUUGGAGGCAGAAGAAGCAAGGCUGAACAUGUCCGCUAGUCGUGUCAUAGCAACAUCAUCAGAAAGAGAGACCCCAGUUCGACGAACACCUAUACGAGGGUUAAAGCGCAAACGAACUGUUGUUGAAGAAGAUGUAGUCACAAAGUCAUCAUACCAAACUUCAGCUAGGUCAUCUGGUGACUUGGAACUUGUGGAAGAUUGCCCAGAAGGAAAUUUUGUUAAAGUACAAAAUAAAAGUGAGAAGGAUAUUUCCAUUGGCAACUACCAGAUCAUUCGAACAGCUGGUGAGGCUGAAACUAUUUUCAAGUUCCACUCCAAGUCCAAGAUUCCAGCUGGUGCAACUGUUACAAUAUGGUCUUGCGACACAGAGACUGUACAUGAACCCCCUCUUACCAUAGUAAUGAAGAACCAAAAAUGGGCUGUAUCUGAUAGUAUGACUACAAAGCUUUUGAGUACCAGUGAGGAAUUGGCAGUUCGAGAGUCCAAGAAAGAUAGUGAAAGCUCUUCGUUCACAGUAGAACGACAGUUAGGAGAGCUCUCACAGUCAAAGGAAGAGGAGGUAUCGCGACUAUACACUGGUUGCAUCCUCGCUUAAAGCACCUACCUACCUACCACGUAUAUGAGCUCCUCCUGAAUUCAGAAUAACAGAAGGAACGUCCCAGCAAGAGAAGUGCAGUGUUAUGUGAGAGAAGUGACAUCAUGUUGGUUCAUUUCUACUUUAUAGUAUUAGUUGAUCCCCCUCCAAUGCUACGUACAAAGACCACCAUCCCGCAGAGCUGCACUUGGUUUAUUGAAACAGCUAUGAUAUGGGGGUAAACUAGCUGAUCUGCUAUUAAGAAUAUUGGUUAAGUGGUUGGCAUGGAAGAUUUCAUGGAACUCUGAAAUGUGAGGAAUGUAAGAGUGUACUUUAGUAACUACCAACAGAGUAUACUAAGUAGUGAUCAAAAUACAUUUGAAGUGUUGAAUGUUGGCUGUAAGAAUUGAAAUGUAUGGGGAGGUGACUGAAAUGUGUUGUAUCAGUUUGCUAUGGAUUGAAUGUUGUCAUUGCCAGUUUUUAUAUAGCAGUUACUUAAGAUAAUGUCUGUCUCUAAUGGGAUGGGGGUCAGAGAAAGUGCUUAAAUAUCUGUAUGUUGAAUUUGUCGUAAAUGAGAUCUCAGAUUCUCGUUUGUAAUGAGUGAAGUGCUUUUGUGUAGAAAAGACUGCUUGAGGAGGUUUCAAAGUGAAGUUUUGAUCCAUGGCAUGCAUAUGGUAUUUUCAGUUAAGUAUGUAUGUUAGGGGAUCUUGGAAUGAGACUGUGAAAUGUUUUUGAAGGUUUGAGCUACAGAGGCGUACCUGGUAACCGGGAGCUUUUUUUAUGUGCAUAUUUGGUUUAUACCAAAUUUUUCUAAAUUUCUGAUUAAAAAAUUUUAGCUUAUUGUGGUUGGUGAUUAUUAUAAAAAAUAAUCUUGGUGGUUUGUCUGACGAGGUCAAUCUUUUUUUUUUAUUUUUGCUUUUGAUGCUUUUUUUUUAUAUAUAUAUAUAUCAGAAAGAACAAAAAAAUUAACACUUGCCAGCUUUACUAAAUCAUAAACAAGAGGGUAUUAGAAUUGUGUGCAAUUCAGGUCCCAGACAUGAGAACUUUAGUUUGAAAGGUCCUUUCAAGGUUGUAUGUUUGUCUCGGCAAUCCAAAAGGGGCAUAGCUGGAUGCUCCUUUUUUUCCUCAACCUUGUUCCAGAAGAAUUCAAACUAGGGUGAUUACAUUAGUGUUUACAUUGGUGGAAGUAAGUUCUUGUGAAACUUGUGCCAAUAGAGAUAUGAAGUCAUAAUAGUCUGUGCUAUUCUCUACACAUUCACUGCCAUUAUUUUUCCUAUGUAUGUAAUGAUAGCUUGAAUAGUUUAAAGAUAUAUAAAUGCAGAUCGGGCUUUAUUUUCAAAUGUGGAAAUUUGUUUUAUCAGACGUUUAAAUAAUUCAUUAUUUUAAAGUUUUUAUAUUUUACAUAAUUGGUUGGUUGUGGUUCAGAUAUAUCAAACUUUAUGUAUAGACUUUAUUUAUAUCAAAAUCAUUUUUCUCUGAAGAAGCACUGUUGUGUAUUGUUACUUGUGAAUUUUAUUUUAAAAAGUUUUGUGAAUUUUACUUUAAAAAAGUUUUGUUAGUUGCCCUAAAUAUGAAGUGCAAUGAUAUAUCUGAAACUGAUCAUGUCUUUAUUAACAUGAAUAAGUUGUAAUGUGGUUCAGAGAGGUACAAUGCAUUCCAGUAAUUGCUGCCCUCAGCUUGGAUCCCAUAGCAUAACCAAAUUCUUUGGUGUUCAUCCAAAUUAUAUGUUGACUUUCAUGAUUACCUUUUGAUUAUUCUGAGAUGAAGUGCGAAUAAAGAUAUGGAACUAUUUUGGGACUUAGGCCAGAGUUACCACCACAGCCAACCACUUAUGGCUUUUAUUUGAUCAAAAUUAUGUAACAAAACUCAAAAAAGCUAUUUUGUCAUCAAAGGAAACCAAAUAACUUGUUGAAGGUCAAGACACUUGAUUGUUCUGCUUUCCAUGACUUCCCCUUAUCUCCAUUAACACUUGCCAUGGAAGUGGAACUCAAAAAGAAAUAGUAUUCAUUUUUAUAUCCUUAGUUAAUUGUUUUUCAAUAAUCACUUUUGUGAGUUUUGUUUGGAUUUGAUUAAGUUCAGUGUUUAUGGUGAAGUGACAGAUAUGGGAAGUUUUGAUCUUCAAUUGAUUGAUAUCCAGCUGAUCUGGCUUUGUAGCGUCCAAAAUGGUUCUAGUAGCGUGCCUUUAAUUGGAAGUUCUAAGACUAAAAAUAUCCUGAUGUUAAAUUGUAUAAGUAUGGAUAUACUUUAUUAAAGUUGAUAGAUUCU